AUGUACUUAUGUGAAAAUCGCACCUGUGCUCAAGUUCAGGAAUAUCUUGAAGAAAAUGACUUCCACGUCAACACACGCCAGAUCAAGAACAGGUUGAAUGAAUGGAAGUUUGAGUGCAAGAAGACCCGGGCCGAUCAAUAUCUUGCUAUGCUGUAUGUUGCCGACUUCCACGCCGCCGAAGGUUACGACGUUAUUUUCAGUGUGCCGAAACGGGAGGAAAGGGAGAACUAUAGCACCCGGAAGGUGAGAAAGGAGUGUGACCGUAUCAGAAAGAAGCGCGACCCAGACCGAUCCCUUUCUGAGCCCAAUACUCUGGAUGAGGCUGAAAAGAUCUUGAUCGACGCCGAUAUCAAGUGGAAACAAACCGCCGACCCCAGCAGUUCGCAGCGGUCUCGCCAGCCGUUCCCGGCCAGUCCCGGAUCUUCUCUGCGAGACAGCGCUAUGGGCACCAGACGGGCCUCCAGCACCGAUGACAUGUGCUCUUCAUCAGACUCGAAGCGGGUGUCUACCGAUACCGACUCAGAAACUGCUCUUCCUCCCAACUCUACAAGUGUUCAACCGAAGCGGUCCUCACCCCGAGGCUUUCCUCGUCAGCGUUUCAGCCUUAGACAGCAUAAAUUGAACGCAGGCAAAUGGGUCGAACCUUAUUAUACACAGUGUUUUGAAACCCCCGUCAGCAAUGAGGUGUUUGAGCGACACAGACGUCGAGCGAUGCAGGUGCUUGAGUCCAUCCUGAGGCAGGACAAUCAAUACAUCUUUCCAACACUCGCCGAGAUGGUGAUGAUAUUCGGAUCAAAUCACCGGGCAACAGAGUUAGCCGAGUUCCUGGCUGACAGCUGUACUGUCAUUGAUGCUUGCCCUGGCUUACGCGGAAGUUUCACCUACGACGCACCGUUCCGAUAUGCACUGGCCUUCACUACCAACAAUCCCCAUAUGAUGAGAGAAUAUGGCCUACAGCUAAAACGAUCAAUGGCAGAGAUUCGACAGAUAUGGGGCGAGGAACAUCCCAACUACCUGGUCAAUGCAAACUUCUGUGCCUGGCACUUCAUCCACAACCGCGAUUACCACCUCGCCGUCCCACUGCUGAGGCACUGUUUACCAAUAUGUGAGCGUGUCAUGGGCCUGACUAGUCUGGUGACUAUCAACUGUCUCGUUAUAACGUCCCGUGCUCAUGCAGAGAUACGCAAUGAUGUCUGGGCGAAGAAUAGUCUUGAGUUAGCGAUGUCGCGCAUCGACGAGCAACGCCAUGAUUUGGAACAGUUUCGCCUCGUGCUCUUACACAGGUUAGCAGAGCUGAACCUUAAGACCGGCGACUUCCAAACUACCGAGAUGCAAUUUUGGAGAGUCCUUCAAGACCGGGCUGAGGUGUGCGGUCUCGACGCGGAGGCUACGUGGUCUGCAGCGCAAAGCCUGCGCGAUCUGUUUUUGAAAACGGGACGAGAGGAUCAUGCCGAAGACCUCAUGAAUUACAUGCACGCUCGGCUCGACUGGGAGCGCCGCUGCAUCGAGAAGGGCGAGGAGAGCGCGCAAUGUCCGCAGCCGCCCUGGUGGUGGCCAUAUGGGACCGAGGAUUCGGCCCAUGAUUUUGUCUUUCCGGGGACCUCCCGUCUUUGA